UUCUUUCUACUCUCUCUCCGAGCCACAAAAUCUCUUGGUCUCUCCAGCAGUUUUUCCUUAUUAGAUCUUUCUAGUUCCGUUGCUCUUGUGUAUGGCAGUGAGUCUGGUGUCGCAUGAGGUAUCUGAUCUAUGCAUUGGAAAGCCUGUGCUGAGGUCGCUUUCCGUCUCCGCCACCGUCGGUGACGCGCUCUCCGCUCUGAAGCGGUUGGGAGAAUCGUAUUUAAGCGUGUGGAGCUGUGAUCACGGCUCUCUGAGAUCCAGAAAGAUCGUAUCAGCUGAGGAGGAAUGUAGAUGCGUCGGCAAGGUUUGCAUGGUGGAUGUCAUUUCUUUCUUGGCUAAAGAGGACAAUUUGUCGAAUCCAGGGGCGGCGCUCCAGUCUUCGGUCUCCGUUCUUAUCCCUAAAGAAGCCGCCGCGCUUGUGAGGCAUUUGGAACCGCAUGCUAGUUUAUUGGAAGCCAUAGAUCUUAUACUGGAAGGGGCGCAGAACCUCGUGAUUCCGAUUCAGGGACCUGAAUCGCGGAGGAAGAAGCUGCUCCUCAAACCCUCCCCCAAUCUUCACAACAAACGUGAAUACUGCUGGCUCACCCAAGAAGAUGUAAUCCGAUUCCUUCUCAACUCAAUCGGGCUCUUCUGUCCCGCUCCGAUUCAGUCCAUCGAUUCCCUCAACAUCGUCGACACAGAAUCCAUAUUCGCUGUUCACCACGACGACCCCGCAGCCUCUGCCUUACCAAUGAUAUUUCAGUCGGCGAUCACGCAAACAUCUGUGGCCGUUGUUGACAGCGAGAACAAAAUAGUAGGCGAAAUCUCACCAUUUACACUCAAUUCGUGUGACGAAAUCGUGUCAGCUGCAAUGGCAACCCUUACAGCAGGGGAAUUGAUGGCUUUUAUGGACUGUGGAGGGCCAGAGGACUUAAUACAAGUGGUUAAAGAGAGAUUAGAACAUAUGAAUCUAAGUGCAGCAUUGGAAUUGAUGGAAGAGGACUCGGGAAUUUCCUCUUCAUCGGAUGAGGAGUUUGGCCUGGGGAGGAGUGGGAAGUCCGGAGUUAGGAGGUCUGAGACAAUUGUAUGCCAUCCAUGGAGUUCCUUAGUUGCAGUGAUGAUACAGGCACUUUCACACCGUCUAAGUUAUGUGUGGGUGAUAGAAGAGAACGGUACUCUGGCCGGAAUCGUUACUUUUUCCGGGAUGAUGAAAGUUUUCCGGGAACGUUUGAAAUCAAUGUGAUGGAAGAAAUUUUGGUUCAAACUCUUGAUUGAACUCAUUUAAAUAUUGACAAUUGUGACUGCUAAUGAAUUAAACAUUUCAAAGAGAAACGAACACACAAUUGUUAUGAUAUUUGUGAGAAAGACAACUUUUUUCUACUAUUACUCUGUUUUAGGGUCAAUUUCUGGUCA